GUGGCUCCUGACAUGGCGUACACUCUCAAGCUUGAGGACAGUGGAUGUUGGAUCCAGGACACAGAGUCUAAUUACCGCGUCUCGGUUCGACGCGGCAGGAAUUUUCCAGGCAUCCCCGGCGUCUGUAACGACGUAUCCGCUUUCAGAGUUCCUCCCCGGCUCCCACUCGCUGGAGAAGCUUUGUUCCCGCGCUUCAUUAUUUUUCAACACGCCGCGCAAGAACAGAGAGAGAUAGUUAAAAAGCCUUUCUCCGGAAUUUCUGCCGCUGUUUCACCGUUGCAUUAUCAUCCCGAUCAAGCCGGCGUGUUCUUGUUAUCUUCCAGAUGUACGAAUAUUCGUAGCGAAGAGACGUUGCGGGGCCGCGCGUUAACGGCGCUCGUUUCCCAACGGAAAUCCGGCGAUUGGGAAGCACGGAAUCGUCAAAAAUUAAACGUGAAAUACGAGUUAAACGAAUAUUUCAGACGUCACUCUGAGCAAUAUCGUAGAAAUUAGAUGGAUCGCCUAUGUCGAAGCGGUGUCGUUCAGAUUUCUAUCGCUCCGCAAGUUGGAAAUUGUGGAGAUUGCGAUGACAAAACUGGACACCACCUGGCCUCGUCCAGUCUGGCGGAGAUACGUCAUGCGAACGGUCGUAUGGAAUUUCGAUUAUUCGGUUGUGACAACGUAAAGAUCGUCGAGCGAAGAUUGAGGAACCGUGUGCAUUCGCACCUUAUUCUUAACCGUUACACAUCGUUAAGAAUAUGCGAAUGCACGAGACCCACCGGCUUUUUUCAGUCGAUCGGUCGACUCUUCGAUUAAUCGAAUUUUUUUAUCCAUCCAAGUAUUUUGCGUUUAAUUUCUUGAACUUUACUUUUUUGACGAACAUCUUUAAAGUGAUUGGGAAACUUAUUUUACUGUGCAUCACCUUAUCGGAAUUUACAAGACCGAAAUGAUAGAUGAACUAAUUUUUUGCACACUUAUGCGAUUAGAUUUUUCAUAUUGAACAAGAAUAAUGAAGCGCUUGUCAGGCGUGGACGUAAAGCGCGUUGAUUCAAUUGAAAAACAUCAUCUGACGAGACUAGAUGCGAAAAAGUCGAUGGAAUAAUCGAAGAACUCGGGAAAGCUUUUAACGAACUUCAUCACUGUUUCGAGAAUAACAGCGUCCGGAAGUUGUCUUCCCUCGCGUUCAAUGUGUAUAAUUAUCACUCUAAUCAGAGGCGUAAUUAUCGUCUGAUAUUAGUUACGGUUUAAUGAGAAUGAGUUGGGAAUUUAAAAGCGCUAUAAAUUACCAGGUCACUUUCAUUAACAUUUCGAUCGGAGAGAGAAAUAGAUGUUAAAUUUAGAACCAUAUUUUGUAUAUAAUUUUAACUUUAUAUUUAUUUUUGGAAUGUAAGUUGUAGAUAUUUAUAAAAUGUCUCGUUGUAUUCCGAUAGAUGUAUUCCAUCAAGCUUUUAUUCAAAUAACUUCGGCUGUUGUGUAAAUUUCGAUGAUUAAGCAAAACGUCUUUUCGUUACGAUGUAAUUAAGGUGUAACUUUUGGACAGAAGCAAGCGACAGUAAAGGAUCGUUAUUUUUAAAUUCGAUUAACGUUAAUUCUAAUUUAUUGAGGCAUUUAGCUAUUUUAUCGUUUACGAAACGAUCCUUUUUAUAUUUUUAUUUUUUACACGUUUAAUAAUCGAUUUUAUUAUAUUGUUGUCGAUCCUAAGGCGUUGCUUGUUUCUGUCCCUGUUACGUUCGAUUAAUUGUAAGAAAUUCGCCAGAGAAUUUAUUAUUAAUAAUAAAUGCGUAACAUAUAAUAUUCGUUUACAUAUCAUAUUCUUUUGUUAAUUAGAAUCGGGAGGCGAAUUAAUUAGCGGUUAUUAAUUCUAGGAAUUUCGCGCUUGAUAAUGGAUUGUAUUUUCUAAUAUUUUUUAUCCUCUUGAGAAAUUGUUUUGUAUUAUAUAUAGAUCAAAUUAUCGUCUUCCAAUUAGUACAUAUUAUGGCACAUGUGGCAUUACCAUGCACGUACAUUAUGAUAAUCUGAUGAUUGUAAAAUAAAGGAGAACGAACCGUUAA